GAAGAUUAUUUUUUAAUGGAAGGUCACAAAAGCAAGGAAUGAGCCAUGCAGGCCCAUUUCCCCCCAAAUGAAGAGGGGGUGACACGGUUUUGCCGUCCGAUAAAGAAAAGAAAGGAGCAAGAAUAGACGGCGGCAAAGGAGGAAUCGCGACUGGCCCGCGCCAGAAAGGAAGGACAAGGCGGGGUGGGGGGGAGAGGGAGGAGGAGAUAAGACUGAUAAGAAAAAGAAGGCUGCAGGAGGGUAGGGGGAGGAGGGAAACACGCAGAGAAAACCAGAAAAGCCUAGAACGCUAGAGUGGCAGCAGGGUGGAGCAGCCCAGAGGGAGGGGCAGGCGACGGGGAAGAGGACAGUGGUGGGGGCGCUGUCGGGUGGGAAAUGCAGGCUAGAUUGAGGGGGUUGGAUUUCGGAAAGGUCUGACCAGGAACUGCCUUUGGGUUGGUUUGAACUCGGAAGGGUGUGUGGGUGUGCGCAGGGAAACCGAAAGCCUUAGUGGUUUUAAACCACAAGCCUCUCAGCAAGAACGCACUCCGACUCCUUUUCUUCCCCGUUUUUCCCGAGUCAGGUCGGAAAGAGUUAAGCCUCCAGGGGGCGUGGCCAGGCAUCCUCUGACGCGCGAAGGGCGGGGCUGAAGGCACCGGUUGGGGAGGAGGGGAGAAGGAGGAGGGUUCCGGGGGGCCGAGAGGGGGGAAAGUAAGGGGGGGGGGCAGGGAGGGAGAAAAGGAAGGGGGCGUGGCCCGGGCCUAGGGGGCGUGGCCGGGAGAAGUUGUUCCGCGCUGGGCGGGCCGGCGGCGGACCCGGGAGCUGGAGAAGUUUGCGCGGCUCGCCAGCGAGCGAGCGGAGGGGAGGGUGCGGGCCCCGGCGGCGGCUUCCCUGCGCCCGCUGCCAUGGCUUUCCGCCGGAGGACGAAAAGUUACCCGCUCUUCAGCCAGGAGUUCGUCAUCCACAACCAUGCGGACAUCGGCUUCUGCCUGGUGCUCUGCGUCCUCAUCGGGCUUAUGUUCGAGGUCACGGCCAAGACUGCCUUCCUAUUUAUUUUACCUCAGUAUAAUAUUAGUAUGCCUUCAUCAGAGAGCGAAACUGUUCAGUAUCACUAUGGACUGAAGGAUCUGGUCACAAUCUUGUUUUACAUCUUCAUCACCAUCAUUUUGCAUGCUGUGGUACAGGAGUACAUCUUGGAUAAAAUCAGCAGGCGACUUCAUCUCUCCAAGGUCAAACACAGUAAGUUCAACGAAUCUGGACAGCUGGUAGCCUUUCAUCUCAGCUCCUUGGUCUGGUGCUUGUAUGUUGUUGUGACGGAAGGAUACUUAACAAAUCCAAGAAGCCUCUGGGAAAACUACCCUCAUGUAUAUCUCCCCUUCCAGGUGAAGUUUUUCUACCUUUGUCAGCUGGCAUACUGGCUACAUGCCCUGCCGGAACUAUACUUCCAGAAGGUGCGGAAGGAGGAGAUUCCACGUCAGCUGCAAUAUAUCUGUCUGUACUUGGUUCAUAUAGCUGGAGCAUACCUCUUAAACCUGACCCGCUUGGGCCUGAUCUUGCUGCUGCUACAGUACAUGGCUGAGUUUCUCUUCCACAUGGCACGGCUUUUCUACUUUGCGGAUGAAAACAACGAGAAGUUGUUUAACGCCUGGGCAGUAGUGUUUGUGGUCACCCGCCUCUUCACUCUCACCCUUGCUGUACUGGCUAUUGGUUUUGGACUGGCUCGGAUGGAAAAUCAAACUUUUGAGCCAGAGAAAGGCAACUUCAAUACCUUGCUCUUCAGGCUGUGUGUGCUCCUGUUGGUGUGCGCCUCCCAGGCUUGGAUGAUGUGGCGCUUCAUCCAUUCCCAGCUGCGGCGCUGGCGGGAGUACUGGAACGAGCAGAGCGCCAAAAAGAGAGUGAUGGUUGCCCCCAGACCGCCAGCCAAGCUCAUCAAGAGGGAAUCUGGUUACCACGAAAAUGGAAUACUGAAAGCAGAGAAUGGGAUGUCCCCACGCACUAAAAAGCUGAAGGCUCCUUAAAGCCAGAAUGUGGAGAACAGGAAUUCUUCCUAGUGGGAUGUGCAGUAUAGAGGCCACAGGCCAAGGACUAAGUUACUGCCCUUAUUUUUCUGCUUGCUACACACUCCCAUCUCGAACAGCUGAAAUAUGUCUUUGGAAACACACACCAACUCUCUCUGUCUCUGUCUCUCUCUUUUUCUCUUUCUUCUCUCUCUCUCUUCUGCCUCUGUCUCUCUCUCUGCCUCCUUUUUUAUAAACCAUUUUCAAUAAAACCAAAAAUCUUCCUUCUUUAUGUUCUUGAGCCAACUCACUUCCUUAUAGCCUUUGUUUGCUAGGGAACCUAGAAUCCUUGAUCUUUAUAGGUAUUUUUUUCUCUCUCUUUGCUCUCUGUUUUUGUUCACAAAUGUUUUCCUUACAUUAUUGUGCAGUUAUUCAGUGUCUGAUUUUCAUAGUUAAGGAGGCCCACUUUUUCACCAGUGCUAUUUGACUUCAGUUUCUCCUGAGCCUAAAUGCAUUUCCAGGAAGCAUUCACUUAGGAUUGUUCCUUGUUAACUGAUAUCCAUGUCCUUGAAUUGUUGUACCAUGUGAUCAACAUAUAGGAUGGACAAUAAGAAGAGAAAUGACUGGAUCCUAAAUUUAUCCUUCUUGACUAGAUCAUUUUAAUAGCUCUAUUUAGCUGCCCAGAUGUUUUAUUUUCAGUUCCCCAUGCACUGUCCCAACCCAUAGAGGUACCACAUUGGAUUCUAAUGCCACAUGCAGAAUUUGACAAUGGGAUGAGAUUCAGCCAUGAAAUGUAGUCUUUAUUGUUGGAUCCUGGGACUGAAGUGAUACUUGCCUGCUGUUAUUCCAUUAGGGGGGUGCUGUUGGAGGAACAGAUUCCUUUUCUCUUCAUACCCUAAGGCAAAAGCAAAGGCAAAGUAGGCUGAGGCAGGGGCCUAUUCUGAAAUUCAGGCUAUGAGACUGAUCAGCUCCUUUCUUCUACAUCCCAACCUGCAGUUACUUCUCUAGACAGAUUCACAAGCAUCCCAGAUAAAACAACAAACUAAACAGGGUAAAGAGAACUGAGGACAUAUUAAUUGUAGGCCCAGAGCAAUCUUACGCCCCUCUCUGGAAUGGGACUUGGCAUUCUGUCUUUAAAACCUCUUCAAUUCUUCAUUUCUUUUGGUGUUCCCACUCAAUCUUGGACCUUUGUGGCACCUAUCCUAUUUUUGAGCAUUGAGGGGCAGAUAGGCCCCUCUCUCUGGCCUUACUGGUGGCUUUUUACCCCUGCAACUUGUUGUCAUCAUCAUGGAUGGUUAGUGUUACUAACAUGUUAUACCCCAUGAUAUAAACAAUAGAUGCUAAGUCCAUCUUUUUGAUACCUCUGCUCUCAAGGAAAAAAAAAAAACCUUCUGGGCUCUGUGUGGUGUCUUAUGAAGUUCUGUCAAGAAAGAAAGGGAAUUAGCUUUUAAAGAGGCUUAAGAAUCCUGAAAUCUCUAUAGAGGUGAAAGGGAGAAAUUUUGUCUUUUACCUGCUGCAGCAACUUGCCUUCAUCUGGUGUUAAAAACUAGAUUCAGUUGUGUUAUGAGAGGCUUGGGUUCUUGGGCUAGGUCAGCCAUUCUGUCCUCAAACUACCUUCAAAAAAAAAUUUGGGUUUCUUUGUAUUAGCCCCAAGGCAGUUGAAUCAUAGAUAGAUGGACUUGCAUUUGCCAUUCAACAGGGAUUAGUUGGAAAGGGUAUCUUCUCUUAGUUGGACCCCUUCUUCUUUUCCUUCUAGGACAGAUUGUAAACAGGAAAGAGAAUGGCUCACCGAGUCUCCUGAUUUCCUUUGAGACCCGGCAGGGUAUUGUUGAAUAAGAGUAGAUGGCUUCUCUUCUCCCUAAUCUCCCUUUCCUUGGAAUUUUCUAGUACCAGAGAACUGAUAGAGUGGUUUUUUGCCAGGUAGGCAGGCCUUUGUGUGUUUGAGAGACUUCUCAAUUUCUCAGAUGGCUAGAGGGUAAUCUGUAGCAAAUGAGUUCCUACUUUCUCUAGCCCUUCGUCAUCCAGUCGUUUUGCCAAAGAGGCUGUGACUUAGGUCCUGACUUUUCUCUAAAAACAAUGAGUUUUUAACCCAAUUAUUAAGCAAAUUACUUCUUAAGGCACCACCUAAUUCUUCUAUCUUUACCAUACCCAUAAUCUCUGGUACUCAUGUGGUCCUGUUACUGACUGACAGCCAUAUUCACUCUCUGUCAAAAGUUGUCACCUGAAAUGAAUGCUAGUAAUGCUGCUCACAUAGAUUUGCCCGUUUUUCAGAGUAUGUGGCCAGGAAAAUCCUAGAGUAAGACUGGUGUCUAAUGAUGUUGAAUUUGAGAGCUGUUGUUUAGCAGAGAUACAAUAUAUUUGUAGCUACUCUUGUUCACUGUCAGUGACCUAGCAAGUUUAUUUCCCUGCAAGGCUUUGUUAAAAGAAUGAACUGAAUUGUGUUGAAAGGGGCUGGGUGAAGAUAUCUCUACUUUAUCCCUAAUCUUUGGGCUUCUUGGGCAGAUACUCUGUCCUACUCUGUCUUAAUUCUUGGAAGAAGAGGCGAUGAUUAGUGACCCAUGAGCCUACUCAAAGUGCUAAGACACCAGUGAAUUCCCUGCUUUCAUCCUUAUCCAGUCUGAGGCCAGGCUUCUAUUGCCCUCAUUCCCCUAUGGGAAUGGGAAUGAGAGUCUAAUCUACCUCAGCCACUGUCUUUCUCUCAAUGGAGUCUCUUGGCUUUUGUGGCAUUGGUGUACUUGGAAUUAAAGAGAAGAAUAAGAGGGGCCACUGUGGGAUGGGUGCCUGUGUUCUUCCUUGGAGCUGGAGGGUGUUAUGGUUUGGGGGUAUUUCAUACGUGACCCAACAUCUGGGUUCCAGGACAAGCAUCUGUACAUUUGACUUAGUGUACCUGUCUCUGUUUGGACAGAUGGCACUGAUGGGAAGGGGUCUCUAGCUUCAAAUAAACAGUUCUAGCUUGAGGUGAUAGGGAUAGGUUGAAGAGGUGCUGCUUCUCAACUCUGGAAAUCCAUUCUUAUCUGUUUACAGUAUUAUCUGACUUAGCACCUGGCCCCAAAUGGUUCCUAAAAACCUGAUGUACUUCUUACCAUGGUGUCUGCCAUUUUAGGCUUUGAAGAACAUAGAGCACAUUUCUGUGCUCUCGUUGUCCAAGUUUGAAAUCCUAUGGACAAAACAAAGCUCCAAAGUAUGGUUUGAAUUCAAGUUGUGUCUAUAUCCAAAACUUUGCUGGUAACUUGUUCAUUAUAAGGGUUCCUGGGCAAUGGGAGCGCAUUCUGCCUAGAUUUUAGAGCUUGAGCAUUUUGGCAAGAUGUUGGUCUGGAUUUUUUCCGGAUGUUUUAAGUAUCUUCCAUCUGCUACUUUCAGUAGGAUUUGGAUGAGAAGAGUCUAUUGGUUGGGCUUGGAUACAGCUGUUGUUUGCUUUCCUCCUAGAAUCUGAGUGUUAAAAUCCAGAGGAUUUUUGUUCCUAUAAGGAAUUUCUCUCCCUCUGAAGUAAAGUACAUGAAGAAAACAAGGAGGAUGACUUUUAAUAGGCUUCCUUUCUUCAUCUACAUGCCCUAUACCUGUCCUUCAUUUAUCCUUUAUCUAUACUGUGUCCUUAUUUCUGAGGCCAUGAGACUUCAGGGAGGUCUUGGUUUUUUAGUGUUUUGGUUAACCUUCCUGUAGGGGGUAGGGGACAAAUACACAGAAAAGAAAACCAAAAGUCAUCAUCCCACAUUGCUAUAGUUAAGCAUCAGGUCAGGGCUUCCUCUUUGGCUUGCCCUGACAUUCUGAGCAGGACCUCAGUGCACAGUAGUCUAAAACUUACUACUCCAUAGGCUGGGAGCCUUCUACUUUAACCCUCUCCUAGCUAACUAUUCUUAUUGGGUUCAAGAAGAGCUGUAAAACAAAUGCAGCAAGACUUUGCAUCAGUGUUGCUCCCCAUGCUUAACAUCUCCUUGUGGCAGUUUUAUAAUUCUUAGGAGUAGAUGAUUUAUCCUUUUUGCAUAACAAGUGCCUUACUUUGCAAUACUUCUUUUGGACCCCAACAUAUGUACUGUACAGAGCUUUCCAUUUCUUUCUGCUAACAUGACUCUGGUCUGUGCCUUGGGACAUUGUACCCAGGAGUGGCCACCCAUAAAAGGGACACAACACAUGACAGUCUUGCUUCCUUGGUCUCUGUGCCUUUAUCUUAUUUCCAUUGUUCUUAGUAUACUUUUGGCCUUAUUUCUUGGCUUUUGCCUCAGUUGAUUUUAGACUUUUUCAUAUCAGGCGAAGCAAGGCAGCUUCUCUAGGUAUGGAUAUAGACUGGAGUGGUGGGCCUGCCAGUAGCAAGCAGUGCUCAGACACUUCUUAUGGCCUCAUACUUCAUCCCACAUCCUUCCUCCCCAUUCAUCCCAUGAACCAUACCUAUUCUUCUUUCUCUUGUUCCUUUCCCAGAGAGCUCUUCUUGUUAUAUAACCCCAUCUCUUUGUGAGUCUUUAUUCAACCCAAAGUCUAUAAUCUGGAGCUUACUCUUCCUUCCAGACUCAAGUGUUAAUUCUUAGACGUAGAUGCCUGUUUUGCAGAAAGCCAGGUCGACGUGGUCCCUUGUCAUAAAAAUAUUGUAUUUAGUUCAUAAUUCAGUGUUAUUCAUGUGUUGCCAGAAGUUCCCCUCCCCCCCCCCCCACUUCUUCCGGGUUGUGCAAUAACUCUCCUAGAACUCGUUAGUUUCUAUAGUUCCUUCUGUCCAUUAUGAAGCCCUGGAAGUUGGGAAGAGAUGGGACACAUAGGAGGAACCAUCAUCCUUCAGUGGAGAAAUUCCAGCUAUUUCCUUUCUAGCUGCAAUUCUCCUUGUCCUAGAUAGGUUUCUGUGGCUCUGCGUUAGAACAUGUAGCAUAAUGUAGAAAUACAUAUUUAAAAAAAAAAAACUUGUUGAAAAAGAAUCUUCAUGAUGGGGCAUUAAUGUGUUCAGUUUUGAGUAUGACAUUGGGGGGUAAGAUUUUGGCAUAGUAUUCCUGGAUAUACUGCCAUCCCGGUCUCCAUCUUUAUCAAAAGGCAUUCCAGGAUUUUAGAUGGGAUGGGAAAGGAUGCUUCCUGUUCACAAGAAGUGGUUUUCAUUAUAACCUAGGUGCAGGUAGUCCUCUCUCCUCUGACUGUGUGUGCCUGCAAGCUCAGCCCUUUCCUUGGGUGCAGAUAGAUGGGGUCAAAUUGUAAACAUCAUCUCCAAAUCCCCAUUUUAAUAAACAGCUGAAAGAUGUGCUAAAGCUGCUGGUGCCCUGAGCAGACCAUAAUGCAAAGGUGGAUACGUUGCCUUUUUUUUUUUCUUUUUUUUUUUAAAUCUAUUUUACCUUGUUUAUUUUAUGGACCAAAUUUCAACAAGAAACUCAAGGAAAAUUGUACCUGCCAUAUUUAUGCAUCUGUGUAAAAGGGUUGUUUUAUCUGUUUUUACUUUUGAUGCAAUUUUUUCCAAAUUCCUUUUCCAUUGUUCCCUUGUCCAGUUUAAAAAGUUACAGUUUUGUAUGGAUUUUUUUUUUGUUGUUGAAAAUGUGCAUUUUGAAACAAAUGAACAACAAAACUAUUUUCUGAAAUAACUGAAUAAAAGGCUUAGAAUUAUCGAUCCUUAA